GUUGUACGAGACUAUAGGAGUUGUAUCGAAAAAGAUUCACUGUGAUCAAUUUACCACGGAAUUAUUUUAAACAUUUACUUUGGCUUCAAUUUCACAUGUUACAAUGAGUUGGCGUAAAUUAGAGGAACAGUUAAAAGAGGCUGUAAAUAAGAAUGAUACAGUUGCUGUAGAACAAAUUAUACAGGCUAAUGUGGCAUUAUGGGACGACUUUAAACUACACCCGAUGUGGCUAAGACUCUGUAAAGAUGCUCUUAAGAACAGAUGUCUACCUAUGGUGAAAUCGUUGAUGUCCCCAGAGUGUAUUGCUAGCAACUUUGUAGUUGCUCUUAUAAACAGAUGUCUAUCUUUGGUUAAAUUGUUGCUGCCAGCAGGGAGUAUUGCUAACAACUUUGUGGAUGAUGCGACCAGUUUAGGAUUGAUGGACACAGCAGUACACGCUGAUUUCUUGGAGGGUGUUAAAUUUCUCCACUCUAAAGGAAUACCUUUGGAUUUUACAUCUGAAAAUUUGCGUAGUAACUGGAAUGCUCUCGUUCAUUGCGUCAGAAGCAAUAAGGUCGAGGUGUUAAAAUAUCUUCUUGAACUCAAAGAUCUAGAUAAAAACCCAGAUAAAGAGGAAACAUUAUUAAUGUUAUGUUGUCAUCAACUAAAUAUUAAAAGUUUGGACAUACUGUUAAAGAGUGAACUAAUAAAUACUAUUAAUCAACAGACACAUGAUCUUCAAUAUUCUGCCCUUCACUAUUGUGUAGGUGGAAGGAAGCAUGUGGGAGAUCGUUAUAGUCAUAACAGGAAUCUGAGGAAUGUCCCUCUUUGUGUACAGUUAUUGGUGGAGUCAGGAGCGGAUGUUAAUCUACGGGAUAGUCACGGCAGAACGCCCAUCCAAUUAGCCGUGGAAUGUGGUAUGGUGACUACGGCAAUAUAUUUGGUACAAAGAGGAGCAAAUUACCUUGAUCAUGACAAAUACCAAAACAAUCUUCUUCAUUGUCUUGCAGGGAGUAGGAUAUGGGAAGAUUCAUACGAUGAACUUGUUCAACUAUUAAUAACCCAUGGUAUAGACAUUAACAAACGGAACUCAUUGAAUAAAACUCCACUGUAUUUAGCGGUUAGUUAUGGAAAUGAAGAGAUGGCGAAGACAUUAAUUAAAUCACAUUGUGAUGUGAAUAUUACACCCGUCUUACUGGAGUCAAUUGGAAGAAAACAGACGACUAUUGCUAAAAUACUGAUUAAAGCUGGAUGUGAUGUUAACAUCACUUAUGAAAACGAUGUUACAACGAUGUCAGUAACAAUACAAGAUGCGACUAUGGCUCAAAUACUGAUUAAAGCUGGGUGUGAUGUUAACAGCACUGACAAAGACGGUGUUACACCUUUACUGGAGUCUAUAAUAAGACGGAUGACGACUAUCGCUGAAAUGCUAAUCAAAGCUGGAUGUGAUGUUAACACCACUGAUAAAAACGGCGUUACACCUUUAAUGAAAUGCGUGGAGAUGAAUAAUCUUGUUUUAGUUAAACAACUUAUUGACCACGGUGCAUCUGUCAACGCUAAAGAUAACAAAGGAUGUUUUGUAUUGGAUUAUUUAUUUCGUUCUCACCAAUAUACGAUCGACCAACCUACUUCAGCAGAUAUUGUUAAGAUGAUGAUAGAGGCUGGGGCUGAUAUUCAUAAAUGUAAUAAUCUGUUGUAUAGAGCAAUCAGUGGUGGCCAUUAUAAGACGGCUUCAUUACUUCUCGAACAUGGCAUCGAUGUCAAUACGGUAGAUGAAAAUGGAGAUAAACCCCUUGCUCUUGUUUCCGCAAAAGGUAAAUUAGAACUAGUGACAUUGCUGACAUCAACAGAUUGUGAUAUAAAUCACCAAAAUCUAAAAGGAGAAACAGCGUUGCACAAAGCUAUAAAAGUGUCAAGAUAUUCUGCUAAUUAUGAAGACAAGGAGAAAAUAAUAAAUACGUUACUAAUACAGAAUGGAAUAAACGUGAAUAUUAGUGACGUCAAUGGACAAACGGCUUUGUCCAUAGCAGUAGCUAAUGGAGACACAUCUGUCACUGACCAAUUAUUGAAGGCGGGUGCCGAUGUAAACCAUUGUGAUAAGAGAGGGGAAACUCCAUUGCUGAUGGCAGUUAAAAAUCAGGAUAAUGUUAUGGUAGAUGUUCUACUGAAGGCUGGCGCCGAUGUAAACCACUGUGUUAAGAGACGACAAUCACCAUUAUUGGCAGCAGUAAGAACAUGUAAUCUAUCUAUUUUAGAAUGUUUACUAAACGCUGAAGCUGAUGUCAAUUUGAGUGAUAACACUGGAAAGACGGCUUUGAUGAUAGCAGCAAGCAACUGUAUUAGACCUAUAUUAGAAUGUUUACUUAACACUGGAGCGGAUGUUAAUAAAACUGAUACAGAUGGACGAUCAGCUAUACAUGCUAUAAUGGUUGGUGGUCGUAGGGGUCGGAAAUGGAUCAACUGUCUAAAAUUACUUUUGAUCAAUAAAUGUCACGUAUCUCUAGAUACUCCAGGAGAAGAUGGAAACACGUUAUUCCAAUGGUUACUGAAACAAAACGAAGUGGAUCUUAUAUGGUAUCUUGUUACAGAGAACUGUUCGCUUCGAAGCUUGGAUCUUCGAAUGGUCAAAGAUAAAUUGCGGUUUCCAGAUACGUUGAUGCUUUUCAAAAUUCUCUUUGAAAGUGGCGCACCAAAGAACGUUAUUUUGUCUCGUUCAACAUAUGAUGUGGUGCUGAGCGGAUCAAAGGGUACGCGGAAAAAACAACGCGUUGAAUUUCGUGCUUUCUGUAAAUCGAGAAGUUUGAAGUCAAGGUGUAGAAGAAAAAUCAGAAACUGUAUCGGACCAGGAAUCAGCAGUAAAAUAACUCAAGUUGGUUUACCACAACCUCUACAAGAUUAUGUCGUCAUGAAAGACAUGAUACCCGAGAAAUACUUUACUCUUGUACUAAAUGAUAAAGAUGAUGCGCCACGAUCAGGCAAGUGAUUGUACUGAGAUGGAUCUUGUAUUAUGUUAAUUCUUGCUGUUCAAAGUUCACCCACGGCAGCAGCCGACUGAUAACAAUCGGUUUUAGAUGAACCAUUUGUUUAUAUAUAUACAUGCGGUAGUUCGUCUUCUACAAAACACUUUGUAUUAUUUCUACCGUAAAUAUCGGAUGGGGUGAAAAACCGAGGUCCCGUGUAUAUAUUGGAAUGCACAUAAAAGAUCCCCUGGCAGUUGGAAUUCGAUAUAAGAGUAGGUGAUAGUGCCGCUGCCCGGGCAAAAAUUUCCCUCAUAGCACACUGUAUGGCGUAUGCCCGUCUUCAUUAGCCCAGUAUAGGAGCAAAAUAGUAGGACGUUAAACCCCAUUUCAUUUCAUAUUUUGAUUGAUUAAUCAAGAAUGACGUUUAUACAAUGUAUUUAUAUGAAUUUUCAAGUUAGUAAAACCAACUAUUUAAGUAAGAGCCCUCGUUGUACAGAAAUUGUUUAUUUAUCAUAUUGUUGCAACCCUGGUGUGGCUAGGUGAUGUACUGAAAUUGUUUAUGUAUCGUAUUGCUGCAACCCUGGUGUGGCUAGGUGUUGUACUGAGAUGGAUUUACUUGCACUUUCAUUGCACCCAUCACGUGACCAGGUAAUGUGUCUUACGUUAUAUAUAUGGGUUUAUCUUAAAUAAAAUUUCAUUUGUUAUUUAAAUUUUCACAAUAAAGACAAAGUUAGUAGAUUUAUAUUCAGUUCUUUUUUGUCAAGUGUAAUAUUUUUUCUUUAUCAAUUAUGCGUUAAGCAGUGCUAAAAUUCAUACUCCGGGCAUGGCGUUGGAAUUGUGACCAAUCAGAUUGCAGGGAAAGGUACUUAUGCAUGUUGAAAUUUACUAAAAGGAAUUUUAAAACAGAGAGUAAUUCACUUUGGCAUUAUGUUUCUUUUCCAACAUCUAACAUCAUGUACGACUGAUGGACGCCAGUGGCGUGAAAAGAGGGCGACAAAUGGUCGACAACCUCAGUAAUCCAUUUCAAUGAGUGAAAGUAAGUUUAAGCUGUUUUAGAUUUUAAAUUAUCGCUGUUAACAUUGCUGUACAAAUUUAAAUAAAUAGUUUAUUUCGUCUGUUUUAGAGGUCCAUAUUGAAAUAUGGUCAUAUAUUGUGGUCGACACCGUCCGCCGCACACACAUCUACAAACAUAGAAUUUCCCUCAAUUACUUUUAGAGUUAUGGCCCUUGCUUG